AUCAUGACUACAGCUCCACCGACGUGAGCCCUGAGGAGAGCCCAUCAGAAGGCCUCAACAACUUCUCCCCGGGCUCCUACCAGCGCUUUGGGGAAAGCAGCAGUAGCACCACAUGGCUGCAGACCUUGAUCCACCUGCUGAAGGGCAACAUUGGCACGGGGCUCCUGGGGCUGCCUUUGGCUGUGAAAAAUGCAGGCAUCUUGAUGGGUCCCCUCAGCCUGCUGGUGAUAGGCAUCGUGGCUGUGCACUGCAUGGGCAUCCUAGUGAAGUGUGCUCACCACUUCUGCCGCAGACUGAACAAACCUUACGUGGACUAUGGGGACACUGUGAUGUAUGGACUAGAAUCCAGUCCAAGCUCCUGGCUCCGGAACCAUGCCCACUGGGGAAGGUGAUAGAAGCAGCCAAUGGGACCACCAAUGACUGCCAGAACAACGAGACAGUGGUUCUGACGCCCACCAUGGACUCACGACUCUACAUGCUCUCCUUCCUGCCCUUCCUGGUGCUGCUGGCUUUCAUCAGGAACCUCCGGGUCCUGUCCAUCUUCUCCCUGUUGGCCAAUGUCAGCAUGCUGGUCAGCCUGGUCAUGAUCUACCAGUUCAUUGUUCAGAGGAUCCCAGACCCCAGCCACCUGCCCUUGGUGGCUCCAUGGAAGACCUACCCUCUGUUCUUUGGCACUGCCAUUUUUUCGUUUGAAGGCAUUGGAAUGGUUCUGCCCCUUGAAAACAAAAUGAAGGACCCCCGGAAGUUUCCAGUCAUUCUGUAUGUGGGGAUGGCCAUUGUCACUUCCCUAUACAUCAGCCUGGGGUGUCUGGGGUACCUGCAAUUUGGAGCUAAUAUCCAAGGCAGCAUCACCCUCAACUUGCCCAACUGCUGGUUGUAUCAGUCGGUUAAGUUGCUCUACUCCAUUGGCAUCUUCUUCACCUACGCACUGCAGUUCUACGUCCCAGCUGAGAUCAUCAUCCCCUUCUUCGUGUCCCGAGCACCUGAACACUGCGAGUUAGUGGUGGACCUGUUUGUGCGCACUGUGAUGGUCUGCCUGACAUGCAUCCUGGCCAUCCUCAUCCCCCGCCUGGACCUGGUCAUCUCCCUGGUGGGCUCCGUGAGCAGCAGCGCCCUGGCCCUCAUCAUCCCGCCCCUGCUGGAGAUCAGCACCUACUGCUCAGAGGGCCUGAGCCCCCUCACCAUUGCCAAGGACGCCCUCAUCAGCAUCCUGGGCUUCGUGGGCUUCGUGGUAGGGACCUACCAAGCCCUCUAUGAACUGGUCCAGCCAAGCAGUGGUCCCAUCUCCAUCAAUUCCACCAGUGCCUUUGUAUAGGGAUCUGGGUACAUUCACUGCAUCUGCCCAGCCCCGACUUAGUGUGUCCCCUGGUCCCUGUCCCCAAAGCCCCAUAUAUGGUCUAGCCUCUGGAGAAAGGCAGGGUCGCUGUCGGGGUACACCUCCACCUGAUACCUGGGUACCCUGGCCAGGUGAGACUGAGUCAGGGGUGGGGGUGGGUAGCAGACAUUUGGGAGGAACCACUUGUGACAGUGCUAUCACCACUCAUUUGUACUUAUUUUAACCCUCAUUGUGCCCCUCCCUUAGCAACUGUCCCCCUCCUCUGACCCGCCUCACCCAAAUCAUUCUUGUUGCACAAUUCACUUUAUUUAAAAAUUUAGUGUCCCACACCGCAUGUUUUGUCCUUUCCUGGGCCAGGCAUAGGUUAAAUAAGUGGAAAUUUCCCUCUUUAUAAAGCCAGGCCUCUCAUCUCUCUCUCAAAUACUGUACCUCAAUAGUCUACUUAUUCAAGUCUCAGGGGGUAUUGGGACCUACCUAGAGGUUUACAACCAGCUUCCAAAGCUGGAUGUUUUAAUCUGGACUCUCUCUGGCUUCCUGUGAUCCCUGGGCCACACCUUUGAGUUCCUCUCAGUGGGUCACAAUACUGUGUUCUUAAUUGUUUUAGCUCUGAAAAGAUAUCAAGUGCUGCCUACGUUGAAAUAUUUGUAUUUUAUUUAAGAUUAGAGUUUUGUUUUUAGAUCUGGGGUUAUGAUAAAUUAUUUCUUCCCCAGCAACUUUUGUUUAGCUUUUUCUGGGGAAAAACCCAAAAAACAAACAAACAAAAAAAUGCAUUCCAGGAGACGCCUGUGUCAGUCCUCGGAGCAUAGCUGAGUGCUGCAGGUUUUAAGCAGGACUGUGUAAAUGAGGACCUCCACAGGGAGGCCCAGGCCUUGCCACCUGCGAUUGGCUGCAUUUCAUACUCAGCACAUACUGAAGGAUUUGGGAGAUACUUGUGUAGGUACUAGACCAAGAGCCAGGAGGCCAGGGCACAGGUUUCUGUCAAUGGAGGCUUCUGUGGUGGUCACUUUGUGUGUCUCCCACUUUUCAGCCUCAGCAGCUGGCCAGGAAAAGGGAAGGCCACAUUCACUUGCUAUCAUGCCAGAAAGACACCACUGUGUUGCCUUCAGAAGCUGAGGUCAGUGGGCAGAGUCUGGCAUUGAGUUUGUAGGAUUCACCACAGCUGAUCUUACACUACACAUGCUUGGUUGUUUACAGUUGGGAGAGGACAGGGCAGAAGCAGUGUCCCACUGCAAGCUGCUUCCAAGCCCUGGACUUCAAAGAAACCACUGAACCCUAACUGUGCCCAUGUCUUUCCCCCAGCCCACCUCCCUGAAUGUCACACACAGCCUCAGGGCUGGCAGGUCAGAAUGGGCCUUCAGGUGAGGGAGCAGACGUCAGAGGAGGUAGGGACAAUAUGUUGCCUCUCUAAGCUGCCAUUUUUUCUUCUUGGUGUGAAGAGGAUUUCUAAAGGGCAUUCAUUAACUGCCCAUCUCUUCAACUGUGUACGUGUGUGUGCAUGUAUGCGUGUGUGGGUGACAGGGGAUUUCAUAUCUCCUCCACUCUUGUCACCAGGCUCUCACUUAUCUAGAGAUAUGGUUUGCCUUGAAAGUUAGUGAAGGAAGAACAACAAACAUUUAUCAGGGUUUUGCUUUGUGUUUUACGAAGCAGUGAGGGCCAUGGCCUACCCUUGCAGCCCGCCUUUUUUCUCUUCUGUUCCAGAGCCAGCCAAGGGACUUCCAGGUGAAGGAAUGGGAAAAGUGGACUUGAGUGCAAUAGUUCCUAGCUAACAGUUUGUAAACUUAGAAAGAUGGUCCCAUUCUGACUUGCUGUCCCUUAGAACAGUGACACUUCCCCCACCCCUUCUGUUCUUUCGUGGUCUCUAACAGGUGCUUAUGUGACCAGGGUUCCAGCUGGGAUUAGCAGAGACCUUGCCCUCUGAAUUCCUGGAUUUAGAAGUGACCAAAGCAGGCUCAGAAACUGGCAUGCCUGUUUAUAGACCCAGGCUCUAGCAACCCAGCUCUGAGCCUGGCUAUUGUCUGAAAGCUGUCCUGAGAGUUGCUUUAGUGAUAAGGUACAUACCAAUGGAAGGGGCCAUCCCUGUGUCCUGCUCACAGUCUCCUUGGUGGUGGUCACUGUGUGCUUGGAGCUGCUGAGCCUUCCUGUCCAGGUGACUUCUAGGGCCUGGAUGGAAGUACUGAGGUCCUCUGGCCCCAGCUCUCAGCAGAAUACAAGUUGGUGCUUCAAGGCCCCUGGCCCUGAGAAGGUGUACAGGGAGCCAACUCAAGCCUUAGAGUUUCUUAAAGCUACUUUGGCAUGACCUAUGCUGUUUGACCUCUUUCUUGUGCUCCUAUGGCAUUGAUAGCCUGACUGCAUGACUCUUAGAAGACUCAGGUAAAGCUACUGACUUGCCAGCUCGCAGGCACAGAGGAGAGAGGAAGCCAGAAGAAAAUGCUGCAAGUGGCUGCUGGGCCAACUGAGUCCCUUCUACUGCCCACAGGGCUUCUCCUGUCAGAGCCCCGGUGUCUUCCCUGGCUGGCUGGGAGUCUGCUUUCCAGCCUCUCACUGUGGUCCAACUCGGGGUGCUGACAUUUAGACAUCUGCUUGUGGAGUAGCAGGUCAGAUUGGAGUGACCAUGUGGCAUGACUUAGCUUUGACCCUCCCAGUCCUGUCUCAUGUCUCCAGCCAAACUCACCGGCUGAUGCUCACCGCUCACUGUCUGUCCCCACACAAGGCAGAAGGUGCAGUGUUAUCAGUAGUCUUAAGGUUGGUCCAAACAUUAGAAAAAUAGUAUUUCCCUUCCCAAUUCUCAAAAAUUUCCCUUCCUGCAGUCCCAUCUGUGUUUGACACUACCUAUUUGUUCACCUCAUCUCAGAAAUACGAAGACUCAGUUGUCUGUUUACAAGCUUUCUAUUCCCUGCUCCCAGCAAGGGCUCUGUAGCUGGGGUUUUCUUCAUAGCUGCUCACUUGUUUCAGACAGUACAAGGGGCAGGAUGUGGUGAUUGGAAGGGCGGCUGAAAGUCUGCCUUAGAAUUUAAUUUUGCAGAAUACAUCAAAAAUCUCCAAAACCAUUAGGGGAAAAGAAAGUGAUAAGGAUUGUCUUUGAAAUCAUGGUCAAUAUUUCUAGGCCAUUAGUCCUGCUGGGGAGAAGGCUGUUUGCUCUGACAGUGUCAGCCUGUUAGGUUUUUUCUUUUCCUGUGUGUUGCUGAGUCAUUCUCUGGCCAGAAGACAUACGUGGUGCUGGCAGGAGGUGAUUAGAGGGCAGAAGUGCCUAGUGUUAACUCUGUUUGUUGGUUUAAAUCAAGGUGAUGCUGGGAAAGCUAUUUUCUUUUAGUGAAGAGAAAAAUCAGGUGGCUGUCUUGUAAACCUUGUCAAUGGAUGUGUGAAUUAGAGAACCACCGUGCAGCAAGUCUUGGUAACCAGACAGUACUGUUACGUUAUGUGCCUACAUCGCUGUGUAUUUCCAGCAUGUGCGUAGACAUGUGGACCCUGUCAGGGCUUGUAGAUCUAUGUCGGGUUGUGCACAUGCAUU